AAAAAACUGAGCAUCGACAAAGGCGGUCCGAUCAAAAUGCCUGUUUCAAGGCGUGACAAGAAAGUCGAACUUACUCAGGUUCUAAAACAUGCUCCAAAGAAAAAAGAGCACAUUGCAAAGGUUCGUCAAUAUCUGGAUGAAUAUGGAAGAGUAUAUGUAGUGACUCUGCAAAAUCCUCGCACCCAAAAAGUUUCCGAAAUACGAAAAAGCAUGGUGAAAAUCAAGCUUCUAUUUGGUGUCAACAAGGUGACGACUUUGGCGUUGGGUAAAACUCAUGAAGAUAGUUAUCGACCGAAAUUGCACCUUUUAUCCAAAUAUCUUAAGGGACAGUGUGCCCUCCUAUUUUCACGAUCAUCGCCUUCGGAAUUACGCGAGCAGCUUGAUGCGUUCCGGUCGUCAGAAUACAGUAGACCAGGUGUACUUGCUGAGCAGACUGUCUGGAUUGCAUCUGGUCCGUUGCCCAAAUUUCCUCACUCUAUGGAGCCUGUUUUGCGCCAGUUAGGAAUGCCUGUUAAACUAGUCAAAGGUGUUGUUCAUUUGGAGAGAGAGUAUCUUGUGUGCCGCAGAGGGGAUGUACUUUCACCUGAACAGUGUCGUAUUCUAGUAAGUAACGGUUGUGUUUAUACAGCUCCACAAUAUUCAUUCGGAACUUUUCCAAAUAACAAAAUAAAUUCGUCAGAUAUCGCACACUAAUAUUCUUGUUCAACAACUUUCGGUUAUUUUGUCAAACUUACAAAUACAUUCACCGAUAGGUUUCACUCCAUAAACUCUACAAUGAUUUAUACUAAUCAUUUUGGUUGUCAGUAAUACUCAAUAAGUACAUUUAGCGUAGUACUAAGUUAAUUUGAUUUUGCACCAUAGACCUAUAUUUUUCUUUUCAAACUAAAUAGUUCUUCUAAUAUGUUCGAUGUUUGUAAAUUACAAUAAAACUUACUUUCUUCAACAGGUUCUUUGUCGUUCACAUUUUUUUAGCUUUUGUAUUAAGUAUGGUCACCUAAUACUAGUUUUUAAAAUAUUUCAAAUGCUUCACAUCGUUACCAUUUAGUUUGAGGUUGAACUUGUAGUUUCAGUUGUACAGGAUUUCAUGCAGUAAAAUAAUCAACAGACUUGAAAUGCUCUUCGACGGUCUCAUGUAUACUCACUGCCUUCUCGCACUGACAGUGUAUAACGAUAUUGGGAGGACGAAAAGCUAAUGUUUCGGCACUUUAACCGAGUUUUUGGGUACGGAGUAUCCACUUAGAGGAGUUAAAGAACGAUCUCAAGUCACUAACUGGUUGGAUGUUGAAUGCUGUCACCGACUACAAGCACGGAACCAGUGUUUCAAAAACCACGUAUGUCAUUCUAACUGGUCUCCUUCAGCGUUCGCAUACUAAUGCAGAUCGGAUGACAUAUAAGGUUGGCUGUCUUUAGAUAGUCUCAACAUAGAUAUCUGUUGUCUAUCCGAGAUUCAUACUUAAGACUCUAGUGAAGUACUACAAAUUCGCUCUCCAUCUGUCUCUUCGAAAAGCUGGUUUCACGUGCGUUUAUCCGAGCACCUUGUGGCAUCUUCCUCUGGUGUGUUGACGUUUAUGUUGCACUCAGCGUUAAAGUUGAGGCAGUACUUAUCGAUUGGAUGCCUAUUAACAAUCGGUUAUAUAUUAUUAAGUUAAAAAUUCCCAUCAAAGUGCGAAGAAAUCGGUGUGAGAUACGAUGUCUUUUUGUUAUCUCCGCCUAUGCUAAGACCACAGAUGCCU